UCCCGCGGCGUGCGCGGCCUCGGCGCUACGCGAGCGCGGGGAUCCGCCGCGGCCUGCGGGCCGCCAUGGCCGGGGAGGUGAAAACCAAGCUGUCCAAGAACCUGCUGCGCAUGAAGUUCAUGCAAAGGGGUUUGGAUUCACAAACUAAAAAACAACUAGAGGAAGAAGAAAAGAAGAUAAUUAGUGAAGAACACUGGUAUCUUGAUGUACCAGAUCUAAAGGAAAAAGAGAGCUGUAUAAUAGAAGAGAGAAGCUUUCUGCGAUGUGAGGAUCUCGUUUAUGGCAGAAUGUCCUUCAAAGGAUUCAAUCCUGAAAUUGAGAAGUUAAUGAUCCAAAUGAACUCCAAGUGCAAGGAGGAAAAAAUUGAAGAGGAUGAUAAAAUGGAGGCUGAUGUGUCCGAUGAAGAAAUGGCCAGAAGAUACGAAACAUUAGUGGGAACAAUAGGGAAGAAAUUUUUGAGAAAAAGGGACCAACGUGUACUCAAGGAUGAUGAUGAAGAUGAAGAUGAUGAAGUUGAAGAGGGGAAUAGUAACACAAGACCUUGUAAAAGAGCUAAGAAAAUGUUCUUAAAACCUCAGGAUUAAUGUCAAUUGCACAAGUGGAGCUUGUUACCUAAUGCCUACCAAACAGAGUACCAAGAACUGGAGAUUGUUUGGAGUUUUUGCUAUUUAAUGUAAAGGGUGGAUUUGUAAAUCUGUUCUAUUCUCAUUGAAAUUUCUACCAUCCACAGGACAGACACUUUCCAAAGUGGGUGUUUAUAUAAUGGAUGUUGUACAUCCUUUCCUCUCUCAGCAGCUUUUCAUGAGUAGGGUGCUCAUCACAUCAGUCUCUUUAAAUGUUCUGCAUAGUUAAAUUGAGUGUUGCAUGCAAUCAAAAGCAACGUUAUUUACAAUUUAGGAUAACAUCUGAAAGAAGUAUUUGGAGUAAAGAUGAGCUGUGUCCAAUUCAGUAAGGCAGUUCAGCUUUCACUGCUUGCUUUAUUAUGAAAAUGAAACCUGCGCUCUCUUCAAAUUGAAAAAAGUCAGCAGAAACAUGCUUGGUUUGUGAUCUUUUUUACUGUGCUAAAAAUAAGAUGAGAGAAGAACAGAGAGAUAAAAUCCACUUUAUUGAAUUUUAUUUUUUAUAAAGUUUAUUUAAAAAUAGA